AUGAACGAGGAUCAGCCUUUCCCGAUGAAUCCGUUCUUCAAAAGUCAACCGGUGCUAAGCGAGGACAUGAGGGAAGAGAUCUUUGCUAGGGUCAAAGACAAGAAGGAAUCGCUGAAGCUUGUGUCGGCCGAGCUGGGAGUCGAUGUUCGCCGCGUCGCUGCCGUUGUGCGUAUGAAGGAGGUCGAGAAGCAGUGGGUUGCCGAGCGUAAACCAUUGGCUCGGCCAUACGCUAGGGCGGUAAUGCAAAUGCUGCCUCAGACCCAUUUGAAUAAGGACAGACCGGACCUGCAGACUCCUCAUGAGCCCAUCAACGAGAUCCAUGUUCACAAGCUUACGAUGCAACAACUAUUCGUGCCCGUGUCGGAGUCUCGCCAGUUCGAUAGAGAAGAUGCCGCGAAGGCGUUCCACAGAAAAAUGCUUUCUGUUGAUGACCGUUCACCACACAAGGAGCUGAUCUCAAUGAGGAAAGCUAAUGCUGCUGGCGGUUCUAGAGCUGACUUGACCAAGAAGUUCAGAGAGGCCACAAGGGCUGAAGAGGAUAGACUGGUGGAGAGGGAGCGCCGCCGCCUGGAGAAGGCCGAAGAAGAGACCCAGCGUGUGGACACUGGGCGUUUUGAGUUCCGAUUCAAGGAGAUGAACGUCGAGAGCGCUGGCAAGGACGGCCGAAGCAGAAGAGGCGUCGGCUGGAGAUAUGGCGUUCCUUUCUACGACCGCAAGAAGGGCGAGCUCAAGAUUCCCACAUCGGUGCCUUGA